AUGGGCGCGGGAGAAGAGACUGACGACUACGAGAUUUUUAGCAAACUUGUAAUCGCUCGCAUGAAAGAACCACCAUUUUAUUGCAUCGAAGACUGCAAGGGUGAAGAGUUUUCGAAGGCAGGUGCUUACGCUGGUCAACUUCAUGAUGCCAUGUACGUAUAUGCUCGUGCGUUGAAUGCUACUCUGACGGAUAAUCCACUGGCAUCAUUUCGUGAUGGAGACAAUAUCAUGGGACACAUUGGAAUGCAAUUUGAAGGUCCGUCACGCGCGUAAAA